AUGUUUAGUUCACUACUAUCAAGACCGAUAAACAGUUCAUACGAUCCAUCAUAUCAUUUUUUUCCUGUUGCUAGAGACUCAAAAAAUGAUUCCACAGUAAAGGAAGUUGUUUCAACAACGAAGAAAGAAAUAACAACACCUUCUUUGAAAUAUGAUACCACCAUUCCUUUAAAGAAACGAUAUCCUAAUUUAGUACAUAAUUUCCCUAAACCUGAAUUAGAUGAGAAUCUAAUACUAGAGACUAAAAAAAUGAUUGAUUCGAUCAUACAUUCUUCUUCUGAUGAACCAACCAAUGAUAUUAAUUAUAUCAAAUAUGAAACACUAAAUUCAAAUUCAAAUUCAAAGUCAAAUUCAAAUCAAAAUCAACUGAAAAUAAUUCAAAUCAAACAAUUUCAAGAAGAUCCCAUGCUUCCACCUAGAUUCAAAUUAAGGAAAAAUCGACAUGAAAGAAUUAUUGAAGAUAUUACUUUUGUUAAAGAUCCUAAAACGAAAAAAUUAACUAAAGAAGAUCGAGAAUUUUGGAAUAUACCAGCAGCAAUAUCAAAUUGGAAAAAUUCUCAAGGUUUUACUAUUGGAUUAGAUAAAAGAAUGAUUGGUAGAGAAUAUGUAUCACCAGAAAUGAAUAUUACCAAAUUUAAUGAUUUAUCAACAGCAUUAUCUGAUGCUGAUUUACAAGCUAGAGAGGAUCUUAAAAAACGGAAUGAAAUUCGACAACAAAAACAAUUACAAGAAAAAAGAUUACGUGAUGAAAGAAUCAAAGAAAUCGCUAGUCGUUCCAAAAGAAGAAAACGAUAUUAA